AUGACCUCCGAUUCGCUGGCGUCGCUGGCGGACCUACAAACAGAGCAGCGGAACGCAAAAACCGCCCAGAUCGAUACCGUCUCCACGCUCGAGUUAUGUCAAAUAAUCAACGACCAAGACCAGGGCGUGGCGGCCGCCGUCAAGCUGUGCCUCCCUGAGAUUGCGCGGGCGAUCGAUCUCGUCGUGCCGCGCAUCGCCACCGGCGGGCGUGUUGUAUACAUUGGCGCCGGCACGAGCGGCCGUUUGGGCGUCUUGGACGCCUCGGAGAUCCCGCCGACGUUUUCCGCGCCACCCUCGCAGUUUGUCGGCCUGAUUGCCGGCGGCGACGGCGCGCUGCGGACGGCCGUCGAGGGCGCCGAGGACUCGGAGACGCUGGCGGCCGAGGAGAUUGCGGCGCGCCUGGAAAGCCAGCCGCUGGGCCGCAACGACGUCGUCAUUGGCAUUGCCUCGUCCGGGCGCACGCCGUACGUGCUGGGCGGCCUGCGGUACGCCAAGUCGGUGGGUGCGGCCACCGUGGGGCUGGCGUGUGUGCAGCCGAGCCAGAUGCGGGAGACGGGCCUGUGCGACGUGCUCAUUGAGUGCGUAACGGGGCCGGAGGUGUUGACGGGCAGCACACGGCUCAAGGCCGGGACGGCAACAAAGAUGAUCCUCAAUAUGAUCUCGACGGGAUCCCAAGUCCGGACAGGAAAGACGUUUGGCAACCUGAUGAUCGACUUACAAAUGUCCAACGAAAAGCUGAGGGACCGGGCACGCCGUGUGCUGCGCACGGUCGUGUCACCAGCCGGUAUCCUGGCCGCACACAGGGUCGACGAAGACGCCGAAGUUGACAGCCUUUUGGCGGGCUGCGACGGCAGCGUCAAACUGAGCAUCCUCGUGGCCAUGUCUGGCUUGUCACCGGACCAAGCGCGUUUGGUGCUGCAAAAAAGCGGCGGCAUGCUGAGCAAGGCGCUGCGGAGUGUUGACCAGCAAAAGAUCUAG